CUUUCUUCGGGGGUCGGUGAUAGUAUUUCUUGAUAUGCGGACUGUCUCAUUCAACUCUGUAUGUUUUCAGCAUCGAGGUUCUUUGGAAUGUAUUCCAGGUAUAUCGAUACUUAUCACAGGUCCUACACUGACGUGGUUGUUCAUUUUGCUAUCAGAUUUACUACUACUUGUUAGAAAUUAUGUGAGUCAUGCACUAAAUCACUGUAAAGCAGAUGGAUGGAACCCAGCAUAUGGUAGUAGGAGUAGUAAGAUUGUUUCCUGUCAGUUGCAUUGUUAGCAGGAACUUGGGUCUGAUUGUUUGUGGACACAUAGGGGAUAAUGUGAGGUGACUGCUGGCAAUAUAUUAUGGCAAUUUAUACAUCCUGGAUACGUCGAAUUUAAGCGACUUAGUAAUUGUACUACUAGUU